CCUAAUUAAGGAUAUAAAAUAAACUGGUACUUGUCUGUAGAGGGCAGCAUUGCGUUUAACAAUAAAGAGCCUGACUGGAUUUUAUUAAAAGAAGAAGAAGGAAAUUAUCCACGGGUGUGCUGAGUUGUCAAUAAACGGUUUUCAACUUUAGCCGACAAAUUUUUAUUAGCGAGCGCAGGAAGUGUCUGUCAGGUGAGAAGAGUCACAUGUGGACAUCAGCUGGACGGAAAUAGAAACGAACUCCUGUCGCUGGCAAAAAUGGCUCAUCUCCCGGCGCUUUUCGAGUAUGUGGACGAUAAUCAGGACCUGUAUGUGAAGCGCCUUGCAGAAUGGGUGGCCGUCCAGAGUGUGUCUGCUUGGCCCGAGAAGCGUGGGGAGAUCAAGAAGAUGAUGGAGAUGGCAGCCGAGGACAUCAAGAAGCUGGGGGGGACGGUGGAACUGGUGGACGUUGGCACACAGAAGCUUCCCUCUGGAGAGGAGAUCGCCCUGCCUCCCAUCAUUCUGGGCGAUUUGGGGUCAGACCCGGGCAAGAAGACGGUGUGCAUUUACGGCCAUCUUGAUGUCCAGCCAGCCAGCAUCGAUGAUGGCUGGGACACAGAGCCUUUCACUCUGGUGGAAAAAGAUGGUAAGCUUUAUGGCAGAGGAUCCACCGAUGACAAGGGACCAGUGCUGGCCUGGUUUAACUGCAUUGAAGCCCAUCAGAAGCUCAAGCAGGACCUUCCCAUCAACAUCAAAUUCUGCUUUGAGGGCAUGGAGGAAUCUGGAUCCGAGGGCCUGGAUGAGCUCGUGUUUGCCCGUAAAGACACCUUUUUUAAAGAGGUCGACUACGUCUGCAUCUCUGACAACUACUGGCUGGGCAAGACCAAACCCUGCAUCACCUACGGCCUCAGAGGAAUCUGCUAUUUCUUCGUUGAGGUGGAUGGCUGUGAGAAGGACCUGCACUCAGGGGUGUUUGGUGGCUCUGUUCACGAGGCCAUGACUGACCUUAUUGCACUUCUGGGCUCCCUGGUUGACAGGAGGGGGAAGAUUCUGGUUCCUGGGAUGUACGACAACGUGGCCCCUCUGACAGACGAGGAGCAGAAGCUGUAUGAGAAAAUCGAUUUCGACUUGGACGAGUACUGCAAAGACGUGGGAGUUGGGCAGCUGCUGCACAACACCAAGGAGCAAAUCCUAAUGCACCGCUGGAGGUACCCGUCUCUCUCUCUUCAUGGUAUUGAGGGGGCUUUCGCUGAAACGGGAGCCAAGACUGUCAUCCCCCGCAAGGUCAUCGGCAAGUUCUCCAUCCGCCUCGUCCCUGACAUGGACCCCAAAAUUGUGGAAAAGCAGGUUCUCGACCAUCUGCAAAAGAAAUUUGCAGAAUUGGGAAGCCCCAACAAACUGAAAGUGGACAUGGGCCACGGAGCCAAAGCCUGGGUCUCUGACUUCAACCACCCACACUACAUGGCUGGACGGAAGGCCAUGAAGACGGUCUUUGGUGUUGAGCCUGACCUGACUCGUGAGGGUGGAAGCAUCCCCGUCACUCUGACCUUCCAGGAGGCGACAGGACGUAACGUCAUGCUGCUUCCUGUCGGAUCCUCUGACGAUGGAGCUCACUCCCAGAACGAAAAGAUCAACAGGACCAACUACAUUGAAGGAAUCAAGAUGCUGGGAGCGUACUUCCACGAGGUUUCCCAGCUGGAGUGAACUGAUGAUGUCUGAUUAUGUAAACUGUAAAAUAUGUCCAUUCUAACCCUCAGAGCCAUAAUCAUGGUACUACAUUUUGCCUCCCACACUUAGCAGUUUUCUACACACUUCUAAUAAUAAAGUGUUUUGCUUUGUUA